AUCCUUCACGUUUCAAAAUUCCAAACCCUAAAAUUUACAUUUGUGUGCAAGCUGUCUGGCGGCAGUCAGUCUCAUAAACCCUUGUUUAUCUCUCCUCGUCCUCUCUCUCUCUCUCUAUAUCUCUCUCUGUAUAUUUUAGUAUGACGUUCGCUGGCUGAAAAUCUCUGCUUGUAAAUCUCAGGGAAAACCCACUAAUGAAUGAAGUGUGAAUUGUGAAAUGCUCAUCAGAUAUGCAAAAGCUGCUGCGUAGUAGAACCCCUUCAGGACCCAUUCUCGCUACUUAUCCCAUUCCUUUUCUCUCUUCUCCCUCUUCCUCCACCGCCACCAUAACAAACGGAACGAAACUUUCCUUUCUAACACCUCCGUCGCAGCCCAGAAUGCCGGCGCUUCGUCUUUCCCUCUCAAAAGGAGCUUCCUCCAUUUCCAUCGUUGGGUCCUCUAAGAAAACCAUCACUAAUCGCAUCUCGUCAUGGAACAGUUGCCGUAUGUGUCACCGGUCAAUCAACUCUACGGACACCGCUAGAGCUUGGGUUGUCCUAAAGGGGACUCGAGUCUCGCCUCGCUUAGCAUGGUUUCAGACUGUCGCCUCUAAGAAAACAGACGAAAUAGAUGAAAUCCGCGAAGAAGACGUCGAGGAUGCUGAUAAAGGUUCGGAUGAGAGGCUUCUGAAAAUGCAUAGAAGGCAAAAGGUUUCAUCAAGCGGGAAUAUGCUUCCAGGAAACCCUGAUUUGUUGACAAUACCAGGUGUGGGACCAAGAAAUUUGAGGAAGCUAGUGGAUAAUGGUAUUGCCGGUGUCGCUGAGCUCAAGAAACUCUACAAAGAUAAGUUCUUUGGGAAGGGUCAAGAGAAAAUGGUUGAGUUUCUUCAAAGUUCGGUAGGAAUUAUUCACAAGAAUCACGCAGAGAGCAUUACUAUUUUCAUUAAGCAAAGUGUGGAUGAAGAAGAGUCCAAGACUGAUAAUUCUGAUUCAUGUGUACAACGUAAGAAGCGUCUCACCUUUUGUGUUGAGGGAAAUAUCAGCGUGGGAAAGACAACCUUCUUGCAGAGAAUUGCAAACGAGACACUUGAACUAAGGGACCUGGUUGAGAUUGUCCCUGAGCCUAUUAACAAGUGGCAAGAUGUAGGACCAGAUCACUUCAACGUUUUGGAUGCUUUUUAUGCAGAGCCACAAAGAUACGCUUACACUUUCCAAAAUUACGUCUUUGUUACCAGAGUUAUGCAGGAAAGGGAAUCUUCUUCCGGAAUUAAGCCUUUGAGGUUGAUGGAGAGGAGUGUUUUCAGUGACAGGAUGGUAUUUGUGCGUGCUGUUCAUGAAGCUAACUGGAUGAAUGAAAUGGAGAUUAGCAUUUAUGAUUCAUGGUUUGACCCUGUGGUUUCUUUCUUGCCCGGGCUUAUUCCUGAUGCUUUUAUCUAUCUUAGAGCUAGCCCCGAUACUUGUCAUAAGCGAAUGUCACUACGGAUGAGAGCAGAGGAAGGUGGAGUGUCUCUAGAUUAUCUUCGAGAUUUACAUGAGAAACACGAGAGCUGGCUAUUUCCUUGGGAAAGUGGAAAUCAUGGACUUUUGAAUGUUAAUAAGCUACCUAACAUGGAUUUCUCUUCACAUCCUAAUUUAAAGGAUCGUGUUAUCUUCUUGGAAGGCACUCAUAUGCACCCGAGCAUUCAGCAGGUUCCUGCCCUUGUAUUGGACUGUGAACCCAACAUUGAUUUCAGCAAAGAUGUCGAAGCUAAGCGAGAGUAUGCUCGGCAAGUGGCUGAGUUCUUCGAAUUUGUGAAGAGGAGGAAUGAAGACAAGGAAGAAGACGCAGAGGGUAAGAAAAAGAGUAGUGGAGGUGAGCAGGCACAGGUGAUGCUUCCGCCACAAAAAGGGCGGUUGUGGAUGCCGCCAGAUGCCAAACAUUUUCCAGAAUCAGCCUUGAACUCCCUUGAAUUCAGACGUGCCAUGACUUACCUGUCUGGAUGAUAGCACAAGUGGUUUUUGAUCGGUGCCAACAGUGUUAUAUUUUAAGGGUCUUUCUUCUUUUUAUGUAUCUAUGUAUGUGUAUACAAGUUAGGCUCUCAUGAUAAUGUAGGAAUUUGUACUUGAGAAGGCGGAUUAAAUCUCAUAACUGUGUUUGUUUAUCU